CCCUUUCAUCAUAUCAGAUACAUACAUGCUAAUAUAAUCAAUUGUAUGUAUCAAAUGUCGGAAUCAUUCCAAGUCAUGAUUAAGUCAUCACCACCCAUUGCUGUUUUCACAUUAAAUAUAUAAUCAUUCUAUUCCGCGGAUAGAGACAAAAAGAGAGAAAUGGAGUCCCCACCACCACCAUCACCACCAUCAUCAACGCCAUUGAAAACGGAGCUUUUGGAUGCUCCCCUGAAUGCAAUUGGCUUUCAGAUUGAACACCUGUAACCGGAGAAAGUCUCCGGUCGCCUUCAUGUCACCCACAACUGCUGUCAGCCGUUCAAGGUUUUGCACGGAGGAGUGUCGGCGUUGAUAGCGGAGUCACUGGCGAGCAUUGGGGCUCACAGGGCCUCCGGGCUGAGGAGGGUCGCUGGAAUUCACCUCAGCAUCAAUCACUUGAAGAGCGCCACCCUCGGCGACCUUGUACUAACUGAAGCCACCCCACUCAACGUUGGCAAAACAAUCCAGGUUUAGGCUGAGCAUAUACCAUCUCCAUCAUUGCCACCAGCUCAGCCAGCUCAGGACUUAGACCGACCAGGUUUAGGCUGAGCAUAUACCAUCUCCAUCACUGCCACCAGCUCAGCCAGCUCAGGACUUAGACCGACCAAGUAUUUUAGGACCUUUAUCUAUCUUAUUUUUCCGCUUUAGAUUGAUUUUGCAUUAUUUCCAUUUUCAGGCACUUAUUCACAAAAUAAGCUAACUCAGCCAAAUAAGAGCAGAAUUGAAGUAAUCUUGAGAUGAAUCAAAGAAAGGAGCAAAGUGGGAGCAAAAUGAAGCAAGUGGUGGAAAUUCAGCAAGUUCGAUCGAUCAGGGAAUCUCUUCCAUCGAUGCCCAAAAAGGUUCUGAAGAAUGGAGUUCGAUUGUCGUCAAACCUUUCAUGUACAUUGGGUCGUCCUUCUUUAGGCAGGGUCAUGUUUGUAUUUCCUAUUCAAUGUCAACCUAAAAAGGAUCUUGUAAAUGAGAAUGACAAGCUGCAUAGCACAGCAUUUAAUUGCCUCUCAUUAUACAAGUGCAAGGAGUUAUACUUAGAGCUAGUUUCUUCAGAGAGUGGAUUUACAGUGAAGUGUUCUCUGUUUCCUCACAAUGAUUUUCCUGCCGAAGCAGCCCGUGGUUGAGUUGAAAAUGGAAAGGUUUCAUCCCCCAAGACACCAUUGUUCUCUCAGUCAGGACUUAGUUCACCUAAUACUAGUCAACGGUCUUCACCAAGAUGUGAAGAAUCUGUAUCAAAUUCACCCAAUCCAUAUGGGAUGUCAUUGGAUUCAUUUGAUAUAAGAGAAGUAUUAGGGGAUGAAAAUGCAAAGAAACUUAUACAGACCUGCGCUACUUCAUGGUUAUACUCGCGUACUCUCCUCUUUGGAAAUAUUGUAACCAUCCCAAUACUUUCGAAGCUCUGCAUUUUGCAGGUUGUAGCUGUUAAUGCAGUUUCAGCAAAUAAUACUAAUCAGGAUCUGACGGAUGAAAGUAAAUUUGAUAUGUUCUUUCGAGCUCCUGAUAUAAUAGAUCAUGUGAAUGAUGCUUUUUUUAUAGACCAUGAGACAAAAGUGUAUAUAUGCUCACCGCCGCAUUCAGCAUUGGCAACUCCACAUAACAAAGAUUCACAAUGUGUGGAGCUUGAAUGUAAGGAUAUCAAAGCUAACAUGGACCUUUUAAAAUUGGGUGGUUUAUCUAAAGAAUAUGCAAUUUUGAAGGAUAUAAUUUCCUCAUCAGGGAAGUGCACUCUAUCAAGGUUCGGUUUACGGCCUACAAAGGGAGUGCUUCUUCAUGGUCCACCUGGCACUGGAAAGACUUCUUUGGCUCGACUAUGUGGCCUUGAUGCUGGCGUCAACCUAUUCUCUGUGAAUGGACCCGAAAUUGUUAGUCAAUAUUAUGGAGAAAGUGAGCAAGCAUUGCAUGAGGUCUUCAAUUCAGCAAGCCGUGCUGCACCUGCCGUGGUUAGAUUUCUUCCCUAGAUGGUCCAAUAUCUAGGAAAAUAUUCAGUUUCCCUCUUUGAAUACUAAUUAUGCAUUUUUUUUAAUAUAUUAAUCAUUUGGCUGGCAAAAUGAUACAUUAAUUUGUUAAAUGUAGUGAUCUUAUUCCAAUAGAAGUUUUUGUUUUAUUAUA